CUAAUUUUAUAUUUAACCCUUAAUUAAUAACAUUUUAAAGUGAAAUUUUAUGGCAUUACGCGUAAUUUUAAUAAUAAGCAAAAAUAAUUUAAAAAAUAAAAAAUAAACGAAGAGGAAGGGAAAAGAAGCAGUCCGCCUCCGCGCUCAAAACAAAAAUCCAGCUCUGCCCCCUAACUUCAAUAGAUCUCAGCCCUUUCUCUUUUCCCAUUAUGUGAUUUUCCUUUUCCAAAAAGAAAAAAAUUUAUUUUUUCAAUUAAUCAAAUGGCUUCGAUCCGUCGGACUCUUUCGCCGGCAUAUCAUGAUCGUUCGUAUCAGAACGGCGCCGGAUUCCCCUCUCCCUCUAACAAGUUUUUACCCAACGGUAGCAGUAAACAUUUCUCCUCCUCUUCGCAUUUACCCUUUUUAUUCAACGUCGUAAAUAUAGUGUACCGCAAAGGGUGGCGGCGGUCUUUCUGCAGGUGUCUCUUCUUUUUUGUAAUAGGGUUUGUCUUCGGAAUUGCUCCGUUCGGAUACUCCGAUACCGAUGUCCGAGCCAAGGAUUUUACUUUCCCCGAACUCAAACCGCCACAUGCCACCCUCCGAUUCGACGAUCAGAUUGUUACUUCUGUUUCAUUGAGCGUUAAUACGAAAUUGUUGGAACCGAAGGAAUCGACCGAUAUAAUCGAGCCGUUAAAGCAGUUAAUCGUUGUCACGCCGACUUAUAAUCGGGGAUUUCAAGCGUAUUUCUUGAACAGGUUAGGGCAAGUUUUGAGGUUAGUGAAGCCGCCGUUGGUUUGGAUAGUGGUGGAGGAGAAAGCGGCGUCGCAUGAGACUGCAGAGAUUUUGAGGAAAACCGGGGUUAUGUAUCGGCACGUGUUAUGUGCGUUCAACUCUAGCAGCGUGAAGGAUCCAAGGGUUCAUCAAAGAAACGCCGCUUUGGAACAUAUCGAACGGCAUAAGCUCGAUGGGAUCGUGUUUUUCGCCGACGACGACAAUGUCUACACGCUCGAGUUGUUUGAAAGCUUGAGAACUAUCAGCCGUUUCGGAACUUGGCCUGUUGCCAUGCUUGCACAAAGCAAAAACAAGGCAAUUCUGGAAGGUCCAGUAUGCAAUGCAAGUAAAGUAAUUGGAUGGCACACAAAUGAUAAAAGUAAAAGAAUCCGUAGGUUUUAUGUUGAUAUGUCAGGAUUUGCUUUCAACAGCUCUAUAUUGUGGGAUCCAAAAAGAUGGGCGCGUCCCUCCUCAAACCCAAUUCGACAGUUAGACACAGUGAAGGAGGGUUUCCAAGAAAGCACAUUUAUAGAGCAAGUGGUGGAAGAUGAAAGUCAAAUGGAAGAGUUCUGACCAUAGUUUCUGCUGGUGGCACGGUAGUUCAAACUUAUCUGAUCAGAUUUGCCAUCAUCGUCAUCAUCAUAUGGUAGCGUAUGCAGAUAUUCAUGUGACGUUGGCAAAGAAACAAAAGGUUUGCAGUAUUCUUUCUAGAGUUUGAGUAUGAAUAUUCUUCGGAACAAAUUUUGUUCAGGUAGAGUUCUGGUGUUUUGGGGGUUUAAUUUGGUAUUUUUCAGGAGCAGUUUACAUACACCACAAAAUAGGUGGGGUUUGUUGUGGAUCCAUUGUUUAUAUACCCUGUACUUAAGCAUCGUUGUAUAUGGCGAUAUCAUACUUGUCUGAAA